CGCCCGCAGAGGGGCGGGGCUUCCCUGGAAAGAUGGCGGCCAGCGGCCUUCGCCGGGCUGCCGCCGCCAGUACCUCGGUGAAGCCCAUUUUCAGUCGCGACCUGAACGAGGCCAAGCGGAGGGUGCGCGAGCUCUACCGAGCUUGGUAUCGGGAGGUGCCGAACACCGUGCACUCAUUCCAGCUGGAUAUCACCGUAAAGCAGGGACGGGAUAAAGUCCGAGAGAUGUUCAUGAAGAAUGCGCACGUCACAGACCCCAGGGUGGUUGAUCUCCUGGUCAUUAAGGGGAAGAUGGAGCUCCAGGAAACCAUUGAGAUAUGGAAGCAGAAGACACACAUUAUGCGGUUCUUCCAUGAAACAGAAACACCAAGGCCAAAGGAUUUCCUGUCCAAGUUCUAUAUUGGCCAUGACCCAUGAGGCCACCCAACGGGAAGGUGCAUGUUAACAUUUAAUUAGAGUAGAAAUAAACUCAUUGAUGGUGGCUUUAUGAUAAAAUCCCUG